AUGAGCAAGCUGUGUAUUAAUGAGUGUAUUCCGUACGUUCAGAAAUAUGAAUGGGGUAAAGGAAAAGAUGGACUGGUUUAUGAAGUGAUGAAAAAUAUAGUGCAAGAUAAUCAUGAUAUUAUAAAAAAAGAAAUAGAUCAUUUGGAGUAUUUGAGAGAAUAUAUGGAUGAGUAUGAUGAUAAUAAAGAUGAUGAGGAAGACGUGGAAAAAGAUGAUGGUGUAAAUAAUAAUGAUGAGGAAAAAAAUGGGAAAGACAAGAAAAAAAAAAAUAAAGAAAAAAAAAAUAAUGAAAAGGAUGGAAUGGAUAAUGAUAUAAAUAAUGUGUCAAAAAAUAUAAGGGAUAAUAAUAAAAGUAAUGAUGAUGAUAAUAAUAAAAAUAAUAAUAAUAAUGAUAAAUAUGCUGAGCUUUGGAUUGGUAAUCAUGAUAAAAGUCCUAAUUUAGUUGUAUAUAAAAAUAGUUUGGUAAAAAUUGAAGAAUUUUUAAAAAUAUAUCAAAAAAAAAAAAAUAAGAAAAGUAAACUUAUGAAAUUUUUUUAUAAAAAAGUAGAAAACACGAAAAAUAAAUAUAUGAAUAAAAAAAAGUUUUCAACAAAAUCAGAAGAUAUUAUUAAUAAGAAUAAUAAUACUACUAAAGGUAGUACAUUAGGUGGAGAAAAUGAUUUGAAAAGAUAUUCAGAUAUUGAAUUUGCUUCUUUAAAUAAUGAUAGUACAAAAGAAAAAGAAGAUAUGAAUGAACAAGAACAAUUAUUAGAAGAAGAAGAAGUGGAUAAGAAUACCUUAUUUCCAUAUUUAUUUAAGAUGUUAUCAAUAUCAAAACCUUUAAGUAUUCAAAUACAUCCAAAUGAACAGCAAACAUUAUAUUUGAAUACAAUGAAUCCUCUUUUAUAUAAAGAUAAAAUUUUUAAAACAGAAAUGUGUGUUUGUAUUAAUUCAAUGACUCUUUUGUGUGGUUUUAUGAACAUUUUUAAAAUAGCAUUUCUUAUAAGAAAUAUUAAAGAAUUGAAUGAUUUUUUUUUGAAAAGAGGUCACCAGCUUAACCAAAAUUGUGAUAGCACACAUCAAAAGAAAGCGGAUGAGCUUAAGUUUGAUAAGAAGGGUCCAAAUGAAAUUGUUUUGAAGGAUGAUACGAAUUAUAAUAAGAAAGAUAACACGAACGGUAUCACAAAGGAUACAUUGGAUGAUAACAAGGAAAAAAAGCACACCGACGAUAACAUCAGUAAAAAUAACCAUAAAAAUAAUAACAAUAAUAAUAAUAACAAUAAUAAUAACAAAAGUAAUAACAAUAAUAAUAACAAGAACAAUAACAAGAACAAUAAUAUAAAUAAAGAAAACAAAGUAGAGAGUGGUGUUGAACUUGCCUUAAUAACCCAGUUGUUGUCAUCUUCGCCAUCUGCUUCUUCCUCAUGUGGAAAUAUAAAUAUAGAUUCAGGAAAAGAUGAGAAAAAAGAUAUGUUUUAUUUAUUUGAUUUGUUUUAUUCUAGCAAGGAUGAUCAUGUGGAAGAAGUAUUAUCCAUGUUAUCAAGAAUAUACAUUUAUAUUAUAAACUAUGCUUUAAAAAGAGGUAAUGGAUUGAGUUAUGAUGUUAUAUCUGUUAUUGAUAAUUAUGCAGAAUGUAUACAAAAGUAUGUUUAUGAUGAGAAUUUUUAUUCUUCCUUUUAUAAGAAUGAGAAAUUUUUAGAACUUAAUAUUAACCUAGGAAAUCUUAUUAAAGUCGAAAAAGAAAAAUUACAAAAUAGCUUGAGUGAAAAUAAAUUUAAUACAGAUCUUACCGAAUCUGAUAUGGAUGAAGUAGAUGAAGAUGAAAAAGAUGAGAAAACCAUAAGUGAUGAUGGUGUUGUGGAUUCAUAUGAUGUGUCAAAAAAAAAAGAUAAAAAAAAAGUAUCACUAGAAUAUGAAAAAGGGAUGGAUAAUAACAAUGAUCAAUUGGAUAAGCAAAAAAAAAAAACAUCAAAGGGAACCACCACCACUACCACCACAAACAACAAUAACAACAACAAUAAUAAUAAUAAUAAUAAUAGUUGUAGUAGUAGUAAUAGUAGUGCUAUGAUAAAAGGAAUUCAUUGUGAAUAUGAUAAAAAAAAAACUGAUGAUGACGGUACAAAGGUGUGCGAAAAAGAAUGUGCAACGGGAUGCUCAAACGAAUAUACUAAUGUAUAUGAUAAUUUGAACAAACAAAAUGAUCCAUAUUUUAUAAGUAGAAAAAAAAUCAAAGCUUUUUAUGAACACAUGUAUAAAUUCUUAAUAUAUCGUAUUCUAUUAGUAGAAAAUGAUACCUUAAAUGAAUGUGUUACUUCUAUAAUAGAAAAAAAUGAAAAAUAUCAAUCUUUUAUAAAUGAUGAUGAGACUUUUAAGAAGAAAACAGAGAAAUUAUAUGCUGAUAUAUGUAAGAAAAAGAAUUAUGAAAACCUAUGUAAAGAAACGGAAAAUUUUAUUAUCCAUAGUAUUUUUGAACUUUUAAAAAAUGUAUCAAUGUAUUAUGCUAAUGAUGGAGGAAGAAUUUUCCUUUUUAUUUUACAACUUAUUAAUUUAAACGAUGGAGAUGUUGUAUAUAUAAAACCCGGUGUUAUCCAUUCCUAUAUUUCUGGUCAUUGUUUAGAGUGUAUGACAAAUUCUGAUCUUGUUAUCAGAGGUGGAUUAACAAAUAAAGAAAUCGACAAAUUAAAUUUUAUUAAAUAUGUUAAUUAUAAAAAUAAUUAUCCUAUUAUUUUAGAAAAAGAAUUUAUUAAUUAUAAUAUUAUGUCUUAUAGUUAUCACAGAAUGAAACAUUUCAAAAUUUUAUGUAUUACCAUCAGACCAGGAGAAGUCAUUAAUUACGUUUUUUCAGAAAAAAGUUUCACUUCAUGUAUAGUACUUUCAACCAACAGAAAAGUUAAAAUCAAAGGAAAGAAAAAUGAUAAAAAAAAAGCAAGUAUUAAAAAUGUACGAAAAGGUAUGAUACUCUUUAUAGCCCCCAGUGUUAUGGUAACUAUAUCUAAUUUGUAUGCCAAUCCAGAAGAUGGAAAUAAGGAGUUUGUGAUAUAUUGUGCAACUUCAUAA